AGAGGGCGCUGCGCAGCGAGGCCCGGGCCGGGCGCGCCGCUCGUGGCGGCGGCGCUGGUCGGCUGAGUUCCCGUUCCCGUCGCCGUUCCCGUCGGGCCGGGUCGGGUGGCGGCCGCGCCUCGUCCUCGCGGUCCCCUCCUCCCGCUGCCUCGCGGCGGUGGGCGCCGGCGGCGGGCAGGGCAGCGGCGCGGGGUGCGGCGGAGGCGGGCGGGGAGCUCGGCGCCGGCGCGGCGCCGCAUGCGGCGCUGAUGGAGCCGGGCUCGGGGCUGGCGCAGCGCAGGGCGGGGGGCGGCGGGCUGGAGCUCGGGGCGGGCUCGGCGGGGGGGUCGCCGGCGCUGUCCGGGGGGCAGGCCCGCCGCAGGAAGCAGCCGCCGCGGCCCGCCGACUUCAAGCUGCAGGUCAUCAUCAUCGGCUCGCGGGGAGUGGGCAAGACCAGCCUGAUGGAGCGCUUCACCGACGACACCUUCUGCGAGGCCUGCAAGUCCACCGUGGGUGUUGAUUUUAAAAUCAAAACAGUAGAGCUAAGAGGAAAGAAAAUUAGAUUACAAAUCUGGGACACAGCAGGUCAGGAGAGAUUCAACAGCAUUACCUCAGCUUAUUACAGAAGUGCCAAGGGAAUUAUUUUGGUGUAUGAUAUCACCAAGAAGGAAACAUUUGAUGAUUUACCAAAAUGGAUGAAAAUGAUUGAUAAGUACGCUUCAGAAGAUGCAGAGCUUCUAUUAGUUGGAAAUAAACUGGACUGUGAAGUUGAUCGAGAGAUUUCUCGACAGCAGGGAGAAAAGUUUGCACAGCAAAUAACUGGGAUGCGGUUCUGUGAAGCAAGUGCCAAGGACAAUUUUAACGUGGAUGAAAUAUUUCUAAAGCUUGUUGAUGACAUUCUGAAAAAGAUGCCACUGGAUGUUAUAAGAAAUGAGUUGUCCAACAGUAUCCUGUCCCUGCAACCAGAGCCAGAAAUCCCACCAGAACUGCCACCUCCAAGGCCACAUGUCCGUUGCUGUUGACUUGUUACUCCAUACAGAGUGAAAAAUAGGAGUGGGAGGAUAAAGAAAGUAUCUGUACUACUCUGCACUACAAUCAUUUGGCAGUUUCUUGUUGCACUUUGUUAUUCGAGUCAGAGCUACACACUAACUUGUAAAUAUGCAAAUAUGCAAUCCUGUGUAGGAUUCAACUAUAUAACAUUUAAUUAUUACCCUUGACCCUCACAAUGAUGUUUCAUUCAUUGCCCCAGUGUUAUAAAUACUGUACAGUUGGUUGAGAUUUACCACACUUCCAGUCGAGGAGAAAGGAGAAGUUAAAUCUAUACCUAUUCUUGACAUAAAUGUUGUAAUAGUUCUUGUUAUUAUAAACAGGCAGGCAGAAGCUCUUCUGGUAUGAAGAUAAGUAUAUGGUGCUUUGCUGACUAUUUUAAAGACAAUUUUUUUUUAAAAACAGAGGACUUUAUGUACAAAGCUUCCAUAAUCAGCAUUCUGUUUCAUUUUAAUGUAGUGAAAACAUUUUUGGCUGUAGCAUCCUCAGCUGACUGGAUUUGUUGAAAAGCUAAGUUUAAUUUUUGGCAGCCUUAUUUAUUUUGUUUAAUGCUGAACCCAUCGUUUGUGUACUAAGACAUCACGUCUGGUGCAAGUUUAAGAUUGCGCUGAAAUUGCAUAUAUGAUUUCCUGCAUAAGCAUAAACUUAAUUGCGAGAAUCAAUAGGUUUCAAUAAAAGAAUGGAGAUAUAUUCAAAACUCUAUGAGAAGGUAUAAAAAGCAAUGCUGCUGUCCUAGACAAAUUCUUUAAAAAAAAAAAAAAAGAAAGAUUUUCCUUUGUUAAGGAAUAUAUAUGUGUAUUUGUCUGGACAUCUGUAGGGCUGGGGGGAGGGCAAAUUAAGGUAAAAAAGGUUUUUCUUUCCUAAUAGAAGAAAUUAUUCCCAUCAAGCAAAUACUGUGUUAGAUUUUUGUCUGAUAAUGAAUUUGUGAAUUAUAUCUUUGGUAUAUCUUUUAUUAAAAUGCACUGUUUAGUUUAGCUGUGGUAAAUCAGUAGUUACAUAUUUGAAUAACUUGGUGUGUCCUGAAUGUUGUGGUAUUGAAAAGCAUUGUGGUCUUUCUAAACUAAUGAAGUGCAAAUAAAAUUUUGUAUUUAUGAAUGACAGUGGAACUGCACCUGUUAUUAGAAUGGCAAGUAUAUCAAAUCGUGGGUAAAAGGUAAAAUUUACAGUAUGGAACAACUACUUUUGUUUUAAUUUCCUUAUUAUUUAACUUUCUGUUUGACAGUUCCUCUAGGCCUAGUUAGAAGAGCAGCAAACGUUAAUUGUUCACCUUGAUGCUUGCUGUCUUGGGAUGACCUAGCCCGGCUGAUACUUCCAAACAGCAUGUGACUACUUGUCAUGUUACCUUAGCAGGUGGUCACAAAACCAUUAAUGACACUGGCAACACAAAUAUUAACCAGUCUUUUUCACACUACAGCUUCUCUACUUCUCAUUCUCUGGUGCUGGAACCCACUUUGUCACUUUUGCCACUCCUCUAGCUGAAACACUGACACUUAACAGUAAGUUGUACCACUGACUUAAGCAGUUUCUCUGUGCUUUAUGGAAGGAAAAGAGACGCAAAGAACUGCGAAUGUUUUAAAAAGACAUUUUUUUAAUCCCUUAUUUCAGUAAGCAAGCUCUGACAUUCUGAAUACAAUACCAUGCAGGUCUUAGCACACUUUGAUUUCAAUUUACUGAUUAAGGAAGCAUGGUUGAUAUUUGUGCUUAUGUCUUCUGCCACCUUGUGCCUAAACAGUUUGCUUUUUUAGGUAGUAAACUUACGGUUUACUAUCAUAUUGAUAAGAUAAAAUCAAUUUCUAAAGCACUUGUAGGAUUUCUGACGAUACUGUGGGCAAUAGCAUGGAAGGAAGAAUUAUGGAAAAGUGAGUUUUAACAUGACAACAAUUCUAUUUUAGCUGAUUUGUUUUUAUAUGUACUUAGAAUCUUGUGAUUUUUUUUCUGCAGUUUUUGAAUUUAAUAAAAAUUAAGAAAUCUGACUUAGAUAAA